AUGUGCCAUAUAAGCUAUCAACACUACGAGCCGCUUUCUAACAACCACAAUCGCCGCGAUAGCUUGAGUAAUAGUGUGCGUGACAUCUCCUGCCUUUUGCAGCCGACCGAAGCGCGCCGAAUGAACGAGCAAGCACCGUCAGAUAUUAAAGCAGAGCACGAGCUGUGCAAGCGGAAACGAGUGCCGAGCCUGAACUAUCCGGCCGUUACGCAGACUGCACUGCUGGAAGGACCGGAAGCGCUUAAACCUUUAUGUUGCAACGCAACUCAUAGAGUAAACGUGUUUCUGCUCAUCUACCAGCUCGGUACUUGCUGCGUGUACGUUGUGUUUGUGUCGUCUAACAUUAAGGCCAUUGCUGACUACUACACCGAUACCGAUGUGCGGCUAUACAUGCUGAUCAUUCUUCUGCCACUCAUCCUGAUCAACUGGGUUAGGAAUCUGAAAUCAUUGGCACCAUUCUCGACGGUAGCUAAUUUUGUCACGCUCGUCUCGUUCGGCAUCAUCUUGUACUACAUCUUCCGCGAGCCCAUCUCGUUCGAGAAUCGCGACAAAGUCGGCACAAUGAGCGGUUUCGCGCUCUUCUUCGGCACAGUGCUAUUCGCUUUGGAAGCAAUCGGUGUGAUCCUGCCAUUGGAGAAUGAGAUGAAAACUCCGAAAAAGUUCGGUGGUAGUUUUGGUGUGCUGAACAAGGCAAUGAUCCUGAUCGUCACACUGUACAUUGGUAUGGGCUUUUUCGGAUAUCUGAACUACGGUUCAGCUAUAAAGGGAUCGAUAACGUUGAAUCUGCCUGAGGAAAAAUGUAAGCACUUGGCCCAGUGCGUUAAGGGAAUGUUAGCCUUUGCCAUCUACAUCACCCACGGGCUGGCGUGUUACGUAGCGAUAGAUAUCACCUGGAACGACUACUUGAAGAAGAAUUUGGGUGAUUCUCCACGAAGCACCUUUUAUGAGUACAUCGCACGAACGGUGCUAGUGUUAAUCACAUUCUUGCUGGCAGUGGCCAUUCCCAAUCUGGAACUCUUCAUUUCGCUGUUCGGAGCACUGUGCCUUUCUGCCCUGGGCAUUGCAUUCCCUGCAUUGAUACAAACCUGCACGUACGGGCACCAUCGGCAGGGUAUGGCAAAGGUGUGGAUGGUUGCGAAGAACAGCGUUAUUGGCGUGGUAGCCAUGCUGGGGCUGGUGAUCGGUACCUCGACCAGCAUGAUCGAAAUCAUUCACACCCUCGGACAUGACGAUUGA